AGUACGCAGAAUACGCAAAGAGUACGCAAAGAAUACGCAUAGUGAUGAGGAUCAUCAUAUUACCGGUAAUACCGAUAGUACCGAUAAAUCGUUGAUACAUUCAAAGCACAUUCAAACCAUAAUCAAUACGCAUUCAAACUACAUUUUACACUCAAUCGUAGAUUGGUCAAGUGUUAAUAUUCGUCUGACGGACAUGGUCACACGGACGGGAGGUGAUG